AUGUUGGAAACCUACAGAAACCUUACUAGUAUAGGAUACAGUUGGGAAGACCAUAAUAUUGAAGAACAUUGUCAAAGUUCUAGAAGACAUGAAAGAACACAUACUGGAGAGAGGGCCUGUGAAUGUAAUCAGUGUUGUAAAGUCUUUGCACAUCACAGUCAUCGACAAGUACAUAAAAGAACACAUACUGGAGAGAAACGCUAUAAAUGUAAUCAGUGUGGAAAAGCCUUUUCACACCAUUGUCAUCUACUAUUACAUAAAAGAACACAUACUGGAGAGAAGCCCUAUGAAUGUAAUCAGUGUGGAAAAGCCUUUGCACGACACAGCCAUCUUCAACGUCAUGAAAGAAGCCAUACUGGAGAGAAGCCCUAUGAAUGUAAUCAGUGUGGAAAAGCCUUUGCAUGUCACAGUUAUCUCCAAAAACAUGAAAGAACCCAUACAGGAGAGAAGCCCUAUGAAUGUAAUCAAUGUGGAAAAGCCUUUUUACACCAUGGUCAUCUACAAGAACAUAAAAGAACACAUACUGGAGAGAAGCCCUAUGAAUGUAAUCAGUGUGGAAAAGCCUUUGCAUGUCACAGGUAUCUCCGAAAACAUGAAAGAAUCCAUAUUCGAGAGAAGCCCUAUAAAUGUAAUCAGUGUGGAAAAGCCUUUGCAUGGCACAGCCAACUUCAAUGUCAUGAAAGAAGCCAUACUGGAGAGAAGCUCUAUGAAUGUAAUCAGUGUGGAAAAGCCUUUGCAUGGCACAGCCAUCUUCAACGUCAUGAAAGAAGCCAUACUGGAGAGAAGCCCUAUGAAUGUAAUCAGUGUGGAAAAGCCUUUGCACGACACAGCCAUCUUCAACGUCAUGAAAGAACCCAUACUGGAGAGAAGCCCUAUGAAUGUAAUCAAUGUGGAAAAGCCUUUGCAUGGCCUGAUCAUCUACAAGAACAUAAAAGAAGCCAUAGUGGAGAGAAGCCCUAUGAAUGUAAUCAGUGUGGAAAAGCCUUUGCAUGUCACAGUAGUCUCCAAAUACAUAAGAGAAGACAUACUGGAGAGAAGACCUAUGAAUGUAAUCAGUGUGGAAAAGCCUUUGCACGACACAGCCAUCUUCAACGUCAUGAAAGAAGCCAUACUGGAGAGAAGCCCUAUGAAUGUAAUCAAUGUGGAAAAGCCUUUGCAUGGCAUUGUGAUCUACAAGAACAUAAAAGAACCCAUACUGGAGAGAAGCCCUAUGAAUGUAAUCAGUGUGGAAAAGCCUUUGCAUGUCACAGUUAUCUCCGAAAACAUGAAAGAAGCCAUAUUCGAGAGAAGCCCUAUAAAUGUAAUCAGUGUGGAAAAGCCUUUGCAUGGCACAGCCAACUUCAAUGUCAUGAAAGAAGCCAUACUGGAGAGAAGCUCUAUGAAUGUAAUCAGUGUGGAAAAGCCUUUGCAUGGCACAGCCAACUUCAACGUCAUGAAAGAAGCCAUACUGGAGAGAAGCCCUAUGAAUGUAAUCAGUGUGGAAAAGCCUUUGCAUGUCACAGUUAUCUCCGAAAACAUGAAAGAAGCCAUAUUCGAGAGAAGCCCUAUAAAUGUAAUCAGUGUGGAAAAGCCUUUGCAUGGCACAGCCAACUUCAAUGUCAUGAAAGAAGCCAUACUGGAGAGAAGCUCUAUGAAUGUAAUCAGUGUGGAAAAGCCUUUGCAUGGCACAGCCAACUUCAACGUCAUGAAAGAAGCCAUACUGGAGAGAAGCCCUAUGAAUGUAAUCAGUGUGGAAAAGCCUUUGCACGACACAGCCAUCUUCAACGUCAUGAAAGAACCCAUACUGGAGAGAAGCCCUAUGAAUGUAAUCAAUGUGGAAAAGCCUUUGCACGACACAGCCAUCUUCAACGUCAUGAAAGAAGCCAUACUGGAGAGAAGCCCUAUGAAUGUAAUCAGUGUGGAAAAGCCUUUGCACAUCACAGUCAUCUCCAAAUUCAUGAAAGAAGACAUACUGGAGAGAAAUCUAAUGAAUGUAAUUAG